CAAACCUCCAUUAAAGACUAAUCCACUAAACAUACUUCAAGAUUCCUAAAGAGGAAUUGGGUUUUGAUCAAAAUUAGAUAUUAUGGAUUUCUCCGGCAUCUUUCUCAUUUUCUUCUCAGCGGUUCUGUUUCUCUGUUUACUCCGGUUCUUAGCCGGACUCCGUCGUAGCUCCUCCUCGAAACUCCCUCUCCCUCCGGGAACAAUGGGUUAUCCUUACAUCGGCGAAACGUUCCAGCUUUACUCACAAGACCCUAAUGUCUUCUUCGCAUCAAAACAGAAAAGAUACGGAUCAGUGUUCAAGACUCAUGUAUUAGGAUGCCCAUGUGUGAUGAUCUCAAGCCCUGAAGCAGCAAAGUUCGUAUUGGUUACGAAGUCUCAUUUGUUUAAACCUACUUUUCCGGCGAGCAAAGAGAGGAUGCUCGGGAAACAAGCCAUCUUCUUCCACCAAGGAGAUUACCAUGCUAAACUCAGAAAGCUCGUCUUGAGAGCUUUCAUGCCUGAUUCAAUCAGAAACAUGGUCCCACACAUCGAAUCAAUCGCUCAGGAAUCACUCAGUUCUUGGGAUGGAACUCAGCUCAACACUUACCAAGAAAUGAAAACAUACACUUUCAACGUGGCGUUAAUCUCAAUACUCGGAGAAGACGCAGUCUUUUACCGUGAAGAUCUGAAACGAUGCUACUACAUUCUUGAGAAAGGUUACAACUCGAUGCCGAUCAAUCUCCCGGGAACACUAUUCCACAAAGCCAUGAAAGCUCGCAAGGAGCUAGCUCAGAUCCUCGCUAACAUCUUAUCAAAGAGAAGACAAAACCCAUCUACGCACAAAGAUCUUCUCGGAUCAUUCAUGGAAGACAAAGAAGGAUUAACCGACGAGCAAAUCGCUGACAACAUAAUCGGAGUUAUCUUCGCGGCAAGAGACACGACAGCGAGUGUGCUGACGUGGAUCCUCAAGUACUUAGCAGAUAAUCCAACUGUCCUAGAAGCUGUCACUGAAGAACAAAUGGCGAUAAAGAAAGGAAAAAAAGAAGGUGAGAGUCUCACUUGGGAAGAUACAAAGAAGAUGACGUUGACUUCUAGAGUUGUCCAGGAGACAAUGAGAGUUGCUACAAUCUUAUCUUUCACUUUCAGAGAAGCUGUCGAAGAUGUUGAAUAUGAAGGAUACUUGAUACCAAAGGGAUGGAAAGUAUUGCCACUAUUCAGAAAUAUUCAUCACAAUGCUGACUUCUUUUCUGAUCCAGGAAAGUUUGAUCCAUCAAGAUUUGAAACUUCACCAAAACCAAAUACGUUCAUGCCAUUUGGAAGUGGGAUUCAUUCAUGUCCGGGCAAUGAGUUAGCUAAACUUGAAAUCUCCACUCUAAUCCAUCAUCUCACCACUAAGUAUAGGUGGUCGAUCGUGGGACCUAGCGAUGGAAUUCAAUAUGGACCGUUCGCUCUUCCUCAGAAUGGAUUACCCAUUGCCUUGGAACGAAAACCAGAGGUGGACGUUUAGUAAAUUACAAGAGUAGAAAGUGAAAAAUUCUUUUUCAUUAAAGUGAGUAUUUAUUUCAUUGGCUAAGAAACAAAAACAUUAGACAUGAAAAGGGAAUAGGAAAGAAAAUUCCCUAAUGGAUGACAACAAAAAAAAAUCCCUAAUGGGACCCCCCAAGUGUAUAUAGUUUUCAGUUAUUUUAAUAUUUUUUAGUUUAGGUUUAUGAAAUGUAGCGAAUUAGAUUUUGGGAGUAAUAGGAAGAUAGGUUAUAUGAUCUUUAAUGUGUAUGUAAGCUGGAUAGUUCGUUGUUGAGACUUUCCCUCUCUUUUUUUUGUUAUUUUCCUCAAAUUGUAAAUUCUUUUGUUUUAUCAAUGUAAUGAAUAAAAUUAUGGAAUG